UUUUUGAGUUAUUUAAAUAGAGGACAAGUAUUUAGUUUGUUGUUUCGAGAGUCCCAAGCUAUAAAAUCAAGGCUUUUUAUACCUUGCUUUUUAGUGUGUGAUUUUGCACAUCUGUGGGGCACAGACAACAAAGUAGCCAGCUUUAAGAAAAAUUAAGAUAUCGUAGAGAUUGUUGACAACCCCUUGGGCCAUAAGAAAAUACCAAAACAGCUUCCCUGGAGAAGAGGCAAAGCUAUUGGGAUUUUGGAGCUAUUGGACCCUAUGAAGGCUAAGGAAUAGGGAUAUCUGAAAUCAUGUCCGGAAAUAACUUCCCAACCGGGCAGUCACCUUAUUCUAUUAACUGGCCAUUUGGCUAUGCGUCAGACGGGUCAACAAACUUAUUCAACUGUAUGAACAAUCAAGCUGCAGAGUAUUGGCCUAAUUAUCAAUUUCAGCCAUUCCAACCACCACUUCCACAGUUCCCUCCACCACAACAGCCUCCUCCUCCUCCUCCUUCAUUUCCACCACAAGAGAACUGGCCAAAUGGUUAUUCCAAUCAGCAGCAGGGUAGCAUCUCUGGAUUAACAACCUAUCAGACUGGAAAUAACAUGAUGCCAUAUUAUUUCUCCCAAUACCAGCCUCAACCAACAUACCAGCCAGCAUUUUCCACAUUCAAUCAAGUAACUCAGGGUGGAUUUUAUGUUGACGAUCACAAUGCUGCUGGAUCGAAGAAAGUUAAGGCUCAACAAGGUGAAAUUAAACACAUGCCCAAAAUAUCCUGGAACAUUGUUUCUGCCUCAGUAACUGGUACAACAGGCGAAAUUAAUAGCAAAGAAGACGUGAUUAAUAAUGGAGGAGUUGAAAGCUCGGCAAUAGAAACUGUUGCUUGUAAAAUGUCGAGUUCCAAAGUAGACACAACACACGUCGAAGUAGCCAGCACAAAUGGUGAUGGUGAUGAAAACGGAGUUGAGUCCAUUAUUAAUAAAAUUUUGGCCGGUGAUAAAGUAGGAAGGAUUUUCUGCGCUUACUGUAAAACAUCGGGACACAAAGCCAGAUCAUGCCCCAUAAAGCCUUGUUUUAUAUGCGAUAAGACCGGACACAGGCCCAAAAAUUGUCCAGAAAAGCGGAAUACAAGUGGAUAUGAGCGUCGGAAGAGAAGUGGAAAAAAGCUAGUAACCAGCAACAAGACCGCCACUCAUACACAUGUGGAUUGGAGGAAAUUGACAUCACAAUCAACUAUUCCGCUAUGUGCAACCGGAGCUAAUGCAAUCCCCAGAGGGAACGAAAGGCCCAUGUCGGUUAACAAACAGUCAGCGCAAAGCCCCUUGAUUAGCACAGCUUCAAUUGUUGACGAUAGUAACCUCUACAUUCCCCUGAGCGAGAUCCAGAGAAGUAAAGCGAGCAAACAAGAUUCAGCUGAAGAUGGUUGUUCCAGUCCCCCUUUCAGAAAAACAAGAAGAUCCUGUUACUCUUUUUCCAUUGAGAAAAAUGUUUAUGAAAAAUGUGUGCCAUUGGAUAGUACGAUCAAAGGUCUUCCACGGAAGGAAUUAGAACGAAUUAUAAUGGCAUAUGACGGUAUGAUGGCUGAUAUGGAAGAAGAGCUGAAUCAUUCAAAAGAAAGGGCGGAUACCUUAGAACGUGAGGUGAUAAGUCUGAGGGUCAAAAGCGAAAGACGCCAAUCUGUUGGCGAACACGUAGACGAGUUGACCAACGACGUUACGGCUGACCGACAGAUCAGUUCUGAUACUUCUGAACCCACUGCUGUCAAAAUCGAACGGAUUGAAGGAACUAAUAAGGAUCGGCCAAAAGAAAUUCCUCGUUCACCAUCUGCCACUGUUCCUUGCAUUUUCGAAAUGCCAACAGCAAACAUUAACAAGAACAAAGUAGUGGUUAAAACAGAAAAGCUGUAGAAAAUUUCUACCCUUGGUUACAACAUUUAAUUUCAACCUAGUUUAGAAAUCCGUUUCCCAUUUAAUAUCAAUCUCGGAUUGAUAUCUGUUAAAUAAUUCAGAAAAUGAAUGUGUUGUAUGAAUUUACAUGGAAUCAUCUACUCCUGAUUAGAUAAAGAAAACAUUUUUCCAGGUUCUA